GUAUAAGGUGUCCUUGGAUAGCUUUUGAAGUCUAUUUUUAUAAUUGAGUGGUCUCAGUUCGAUAGGAGAGAUUAAUCAUCCAAACAUCGAUCUGGAACGAGCAGUGGUCUGUGAACUCGAGCUGUGAGAGUGCUGAGACUGUUUGGUUGAUAUCUCGAGUUUUACCAAUCCAAUUAAGGCGUGUGAGAUACAAAAAGAAAGCUCUCAAGACGAGAAGUCCGUGAAGGUCUGGUUUGCAUCAAUCGGAGUAGAGGAAGGCUUCCAAAUCGUCCGAUCAGAACGCGACCUCGCAGGGACGGAUUUACUCUUCUAAGAAUCGAGUUAGCCGGAAAACACCCGUUCUAGGGGCUGUUUUCGUAUCAACGGUUAGGGGUUGAAAUAGCAACUUGAGGAGGCUGUUUAGCACCCAUUUCUAAGCAAGGAAUCAGUCCUCAAGCUUCCUUGGCCGAGGCUUUGGUCAUUGGAUCGAGAAGGAAAGUUUUAAAGCUCAUUUGAGGUUGAGGCUAGAGCUUGCUUCCUGUGCUCGUUGCUCGAGAGAUCAUCUAGGAGGGAAGACUUGAAAUGGACCGUGGUGGCAGGAUUACUAGGAGAAACCCGACCGGCCGUGUACCAGUGGAGACUGGACAGGGCAGUCGAAGGACCUCUAGGGCAUCUAGAGGAACUGGCCGUGGAGGCCGAUCACAGACCGUGAGUGACGGUCAUGUUGACACAGAAAGUGAAACCUACUGGUCCUAUGAGGACUCGACUUACCAACCGGAAACCGAGCCGGUUGAGAGCCCUUACGAAGGGGAUGACGAUGAUGUAAGUGAUGAAGAGGGGGAGAAUGACUCCCUAGCAAGAAUUGAGGCGCUGCUCCAACAAUAUCAACGGGAGCGCGAGGAAAGGAGGGAACGCCGAAGGCGCCGGGGAGGGCGAACUUCGGGGGAGGCUUCAAGAGGAAGAAGCCAUGGCGAUUCUCGGGCCCACAUUGAACCACAUGGGGGUCGGGGUGAUUGUAAGGAAUAAAUGUAAUUAGAUUUUGAUGAUGCUAUAGGAUUGGAAAGUUAGAGUACCCCCAAAUUAGAUUUUAUGUAUUAGAAUUUUCAGUUGUAAGUAUUAGUGUAGUCGACGAUCAGAGUUGCUCAGUUUUGGAUCAGAUCAGAAGUGCAUCAGAACUGCUCGACCAGACUUGCUCUAUGAGAACUGCUCCAUCAGAGUUCUCUUAGCAGAAGUCCAUCAGAAUUGCAUCAUAAGAGUUGCUGAUAAACCUGGACAUCUGAUAACCGAUGAGAACUACAGAUCAGAAGUACUCAUCAGCGGACCUAUCAGAGUCAGAAUCAGAGUUCAGUCAGAGAUCAGAAAGUCUUCAGAACUCAACUCAUCAGAAGGCCAUCAGAAUCCAAUACAUCAGAAGAGCCUGAUCAGAGCCCGACGAACACUUAGAAGAUUUCAAGCAACAUCCAACAGAUAUGAAUUCAACGGGUAAAAACAUCCAACGGCUAGAAGACUGUGCAUGAAAGGAAAGCACUUAAUGCACAUUAAAUGAGCCUGAUACGCUGAAGGAUUGAUUGCAAAUAAUUGACCAAGGAAUCCGGGAAGAUAUAUUAUAAAAAUAGAAACCUUCCAAAACGGCGGUCAAGUCAACUGUACGCGCAUUUAAUGCAGUUGUCUCCUCCUCCAACGGGCAGACAACCCCAGUAUAUAAGCUACUCUCUGAAGAUCAGGAAAACAACUUUGCUACAACUUUGCUCAUCAUUCAAGCUCUCUUGAGAUUCAAAUUCUACAACCUUCAACAAGACAAGCUUACGUUGGGAAGAUUCAAACUCCAAAUCUCUCAUCCCCAACAAACAAGCAAAGUUCAUCCUGUUCUUCAACUCUUCAAGAACUUCAUCAAACAUCAUUUGUGACGAAGCAAGUUGGAGGAAAAACUCUGUUUUUCAAAGGAUCUUCUGAAAAGAAGGGCGUCCAAGUAACUGCAGUAGUGAAGUGGUAAUACUUCCGGGAAGCUGAGUGAAAGGACCAGCCAUCGGGACGUGGAACUGCAUCCUGGGUGGCAGCUAGGCUUGAAGAAGGCGUGGAGAACUUCUUAAGUGCUAGGAACUAAGCUUUGUAACCGAUCUACUUCAAAGCUAGUGGAACAGUGGACUAGAGGAACGAGUUGUUCCUUGAACCACUAUAAAAAUAUCCGGUGUCAUUUACUUUACUGCAUUUUUCUUUAUUUCUGCGCUUAGGAUAUUAACUGAUUAACUCUAAGACUUGGAAUCUGUGUUCAGCAGAUCUUGUUUUCAGAGUUAUCAGAAAGGCAUCUUCCUUAGUAUUUUUUUGAGGCUACCCGGACAGAUCAGAAUCCGCUGCCAAGGCCAGUUCUGAUAUCAGAACCAGCCUUUCUCUGUCAUCAGAAUCAGACCUUCUCUGAUAAGUCAGUUUUGACUUUGAGAAAAAGUUGAAAAACCAAUCAGUCUAUUCACCCCCCCCCCUCUAGACUGAUUACCAUAUUUAACGGG